GCGGAGCUAAACGGGACGGAAGGGGCGGAGCUAAACGGUCCAGAAGGGGCGGAGCUACACGGACCAGGCUGCUGUACCGAGGGAGACUGGCUUAGAGACCUGCGGCUGUAUUAGCAUGAAGGGGAGUCCAGUCAAUCCAGCCCCUCCUCUCACUUUUCCUUCCCCUCUCUGAUGCUGUUGCCUAACAUCUCGAUCCCACAAAAACCAGAAAAGGGGACACGCUGCAGCCCGCGCUGAUGAGAAGGGGACCUGCUGCUACCCAAGAGCAUCACAGAGUCACAUGAUGAGCUUCCAGUUAAAGCAUGCUGCAGGAGAUGGAGGGCCCAUUCCCAGGCUUGAGGGAGCUACACAGAAAGUUACUGCAAGGUGCCCUCUUACAUGGAAAUAUACAAGCAUCUGCAUCUCUUUUAAUGCCAUGCAUCCCAAAUGAGCCAUCUAACACUUUAGUCACAGAAGUUCCUGAGCCGGUGCCUUCCCUGUGUGCAGGAAAUGUGUCCGUCACGUGCGUCCCACGGGAUGUUACACUGCUGCAGCUGUCACUCAUCCAGAUCCUGAUCAUCAAAGCUGAGAACCUCUGCACUGAGCCUCCGGUCAGAUGUCAGUAUUGCCACAUAGUGGAGCUUCUCCUACAGGCCGGACUGGAUGACACAAUAAUCAGACUGUUUCAUACUCCUGAUAAGGUGCUGUCACACAUCUCCUCCAAGUGCCUCUCAUACCUGGUGCUAUUUCAACUUAGGUUUCAGAAUGAGGUGAAUUGUCACUGGCUACAGUUCUGCCAGAAGAGCCUGUGUCAGGAUCCAGGAUCCAUUACAUUGAUACCAUGUCUGACGUCUUUAAUAUCUGUUUGCAAAGGAAUCCUUACAGAUAAGAGGAUCCAAAAUGCAGACUAUCUGCUGGGGAUCCUGGUGCCUAUUGAAAAUGUCAUUGAAAGAUUCUGCUCUACCUACAUCACUUACCUGUCAACAGCUCAAUACCAACCCCUUGCACUAGGUGCAGAAUCCAGCAGCCAGAUCUCCUGUCUCUUGGAUUUCUUAGAAGUCUUGGUUGCCUUAAGGAUUGAGCUGAAAUUAAAUGUCUUCCUUUGCAGACGUGUUGUAUCAGUGAUCCUUCCUCAGGCCUUGAACCUAAUUUCCUCACCUGUUCUAUACUUUGUUAAGAAGCAGGUCAUCCUGGUGCUAAAGAGAUGUCUGUUAUACAAAGCUGGGGAAGAUUUUCUACCAUCUUCUCACCUCAUAUCUCACCAGCAAGAUGCAACGUUGGUACAGGACAUGGCUGUCCUUGCUGGGUCACUGCUCAAGGCAGUACAAAAAGGCUGGCUGCUGCAGAUACCAGUCAGCGACAGACUGAGCAGCUUUGGAGGUGUCAGUGAGGGAUCCGCUUUUGGCCCUGACCUGGGGAUGCUGGGAGCAGUGAGUCUUUCUGUUGUCAAAGCCCUGGAAAUCUGGUUCUACGAUGAAACAUUCAAUGAUAGAGUUACAGGUCAUGCUGAUGUUGUGAUGGACCUGCACACUGUCAUGGCUGGCAUAUUGGAUUUUCUAAGGCAUCAUCUUAAGUGGAAGGAUCCGGUGCACACUUGUGAAUGGGUGUCCCUUACCUUCAUAGAACAGGAUGAUGACAUGUUGGAAGUAGCAAAGUGUUUGCUCCAGAUGUACCUCCACCAUUCAAGCCUUCGGUCAUGUCCUUCUGAAACUGAUAAAGGAGUCACAAGCUGUCCUUCACAUCAAUGCGGUACCAACCCUCACUGUAUCUUUCUGUUCCUGCUUAGUAAUGUUUUGUUUGAUGCUUCUGUCCUGCUGGACUUUCUCAUCUCCUCAGAGACCUGCUUUCUGGAAUACUUGGUCAGGUAUCUGAAACUGUUGAAGGAAGACUGGCCUCUAUUCUGCCUAACUUGCACUUUUUUUGAUGAGUCCAUGUCUCUCCGGUCACAUACCUUAUCUAGUAUCCCUGUCUGUUCUGCGCAAGAGCAGUCAGCAGGCAUGUUGCCAGUCCAAGGAGAAUGCACUAGCCUUCCAAAUCUGCACACCUCUACUACAUUGGUCCUUAGUCCUCCUGCCUCUGGUCCAAAUGAUAAUUCCAGGCCUUCAACACCUCCUAGCCUGUCUGGCUGUGAAAGCUCAUCCUCUCAGAGUGCCCUACAGCGCCUUGUAGCAUAUGACAGCUCUGAAGAGUCUGAAUCAGAAUAUGCAGAGAGUAAUUGCUCUGUCACCAUACACAGUGCUGGGGCUGACAGCAGAGAUAUAGAUAAACACAUGGAGAGACUAGGGCUGCGAGCAGGCCACCCAGCAUUCCUGUCCACACCACCAGCAAGUGCACAAGCCAGAAGCAACACCAGUCAGAACACAAGCACCCAACAGAAAUCAGCACAGUGUUUGGAAGAUCUUCGAGAAGCCAUUUGCAGACUGCACAGAAAGAAGCUGUUCCCCUAUAACCCUUCUGCAUUGUUAAGACUUCUCACAAACGUCGGUAUUCUCAGCAAAGCGUAACAUAGUAGAUAUGGCCACCCUGAAUAACGAGCGACUGCAAAAUAAGAUUCUUCUUUAUGUGUUCAAAUGGGAUGUAAUUACAUUGCUGGCGGUCAGGAUACAGACGCCGGAAUCCCAACCACUGAAAAUGACGCCAGCUGGAAUCCUGGCUAACAGGCUAUCACUACUCGUGGGUGUCCACGACACCCAUAGAGUGGGAAUAGAUAGAGUGCCCAUAUUAUCCCUUUUACCUGGGACGCUCAUAGAUUACACAGGUUCUGUGGCUGGCUGACCUCAAUCCUACAAUUCAGCUGGUUUUAAUCAGCCACAGAACCUGUGUAAUCCAUGAGCGUCCCAGGUAAAAGGGAUAAUAUGGUCAAUCUAGAAUAGAACCUGUGGUGGUGAGUCACCGAGCCUGCAAGGGGCUUCAUUGCACUUGUCCCCUAGCGGCCGGGAUCCCAUACCCAACGCGUUAAAAUAGGGGAAAAGAGCGGUACUCUAAAAUGGCGGCGUUUACAGGGUAUGCAGUCAGUGUCAUCCACCAAGGACACAGGACUGCUCGAACAUCAAAGGACCAUUCUUUAGCAGUUCUUGUGUGGGUUAAUUUCUUCGGUGAUAUACAAAUAUAAUGCAAAGCUGAAUCAAAUAAGGCAGCGACAUGGUUUCAUGUUUAGCAACCCCAAAGACAGUUCCUUUACCUGUAAGAAUAAUAAACAAAAAUAUAUGUUCCAAGGGAUUUCUGAAAUCUGCAGCUACAUAUUAUUCCGUGCUUACUCCAGGUUUGCACAGUGUAAGCAGUCAUUUUAUGGCAUGACCUGUAUACAUGAGAGAAUAUAAUUUGCCUCACACCUCAGUAAUGUCACAAGUUCCUAGCUAAUCAGUGGGCUUCUUAGAACUGUUAGCUCAUUGCUCAAAGUGGCCGCCUAUACUGUGUUCAGCUGAUGAAACACUAACACUUCACAUCACCAUCGAAACGAUGGAACCAAGUCUCAAGGACCGAGAGAUGCACGCUACACCUAGUGAAGGAAGGUCAUGUUGUGUGAGGCUGAAGCAAUACACUUGUAUUAGGUAGGUCAUAAACUGCAUACACAUUGCUUUCAGUCUGUUGCCUGUACAGUCACACUGUUUGUGUAUAGCAGUAUCUUGUGCCGGGAGUAGGAGAACAAGGAUCACAUGUCAAUAAUACAGACUUCCAGGAAUUCUUAUUUAAACAUGGCUGGUAACUUAUCUAAUUAUAUAUGAUACGAUCACAUGCAAAAAUAAGCAAAUGGGUAAAGUAUAUGGUUACAGAUCCAGAGAUGUUGGGCGGGGGAAACCUGUCAAUCUUUCCAUCCUUAAUGCUGAAUAAGAAUGUGGAGGCGAAGUAUUGUGAGAUUCUCUAACAGUGGCCAGAGAAUACACUGUUCUGUUAUCGAAUGGUUGCUGAAAUAAAGAUAUCCAUUUAAGAUUU